GUUACCUCACCUCUUACAUUCCCUUCCCUCCCACAGCAUAUAUACAUCCAUCCCUGUCGAAAGUGUCAUCCUCCCACAGCAAUCGGCCCUGAAACACCCCAAAAAGCGCGUGUGUGGAGGAAAAAGAUGAGAGGCCGGGUAGAGCAAAAAAGAAAGUGGAAAGGAAAGCAAAAGGAGAUGCAUGGUGUGGGAGAAAAGACCAAUCUAUAUCUUCCUUCCUAGGCCACCUCCUCGCAACAAGCCUCGCCCCUCUUUUUUCACACGACACACUGCACAUACAAAUACAAACACACACUCCUGUCCUUUCCACUCCAAGUUUCUUCCAACCCUCUCUCUCUAGCCUCUCCGCCUCAACCCCUCUCCCCCUCACCCCCCCUUCUCAACUCCUGCUCUCUCGCACGCACUACUAGUCUCUUCUUCCCUUACAAGCGAGAAUUCGUGCCUCCUCAAUUUCCAUACUCCCCAACCAAAUCAAGCACAACUACGCAGCCGUACCCUCCUCCGAUCCCUCGACGACGAGACACGCCGCCGGUUUCUCGUCACGAGAGCAAGAACAUGGAGCUGUUCCCAGCGCACCCGGACUUGCAGCUGCAGAUAAGCCCUCCCCCAGCCACCAAGCCAAUGGAGCUAGGGUUUUGGAAGAGAGCUCUAGACGCCGCCUCUCCUGCAGCCACGACAUCAGCGGCGGCGGCGGCCACAGCCACCACGGCCCCGUCCCUCUCCUUCGCCUCGUCGGCACCGACGACGACGGCCGUGGGAUUCCAUGCGGCGGCCGGCGCGCACCAUCACCAUCAGGUGCCGGGCUCCCACCUCGGCCUCCCGUUCCUGCACCACACACAGCCCAUCCUCCCCGAGGGCGGCGGCGGCAUCCGGGACCUCGCCUCGAUGAGGCCCAUCCGGGGCAUCCCCGUGUACAGCACCACGCAGCCGCUCCCCUUCCUCCAGAGCCACCCGCACCACCACCACCACCACCCGCAUUGCUACGACGCGAUCGGCAUGGGCCACGCCGGCGGGCCGAGGUCCCCCAAGGGCGCGCUCCGGCUCGCGGGCGCGCCGGCGAAGAGGGGCGCGCGCGCGCCGAGGAUGCGGUGGACGACGUCGCUGCACGCGCGGUUCGUCCACGCCGUCGAGCUGCUCGGGGGCCACGAGAGAGCUACACCCAAGUCAGUUCUUGAGCUAAUGGACGUGAAGGAUCUGACCUUGGCCCAUGUCAAGUCGCACUUGCAGAUGUACCGGACCAUCAAGACUACUGACCACAAGCCAGCUUCUGCUUCAUCCUAUGGACAAGCGGCUGCCAAAACGAUUAUAGAUAUCCCCGACGACAACUUGUUUGAGGUCACCAACACUACCAGCGGGUCUGAGUCGUCCGCUCAGCAAUCUAAUCCCGACGGCAACGAGCAUGGCUCCAGCAUGUGUGCUCUCUGGAGCAACUCCUCGAUAAGCAGCAGGGGGGCCUGGUUCCAUGACAAAUCAAUAGAUGCCACUCCUGGCGACAUCAAAUCCUUCGAGGACGUGCAAUCUGAACGCCUUGACAAUGUCUCCGACCUGAACUCGUCGCCGUUCCAAGUAGCCGGGAUGUUCGGCAGGAGCAAGAAACCCAACCUGGACUUCACCCUAGGACGGAUAUGAUCCGCCAUCGACAUACCACCAUGGACCGGUGGAUCGGAAGAGAUUGAAGACCAAGACACGGCUAGCUAGCUGCAUAUAUAGAUCGAUCUGCCUCUAAGCGGCCAUAUCUAUGAUCCGAUCGACGGGAGAACCAUAUGGCCGUUGGUAGCAGAGGGAGGGAGAAGCAUAGCUUGAAGGAAGGAAAAGGAGAGGGUAGGAUGAGUAAAGAAUAAGAGAUAAGACAACCGUCGAUCCAGGAACAAAGCUAGCUGCCCCAAAAGGAGAUGCAUGGGGAGACAUUGGUGCGUGCGUGUGUGCUUGCUGUUGUGUGUGCGUGCAGUGGUAGCAAGAUGGAUAGCUCCAUAGGCUUUAUCAAAGGCGGCAGGCAAGGGCAAGGGGGGUAGCUUGCCUGCCUGCUGCUCGCCAAAGGGCGUACGCAUAUGCUCAUUGCUUGUUUCUGGAUGGGUGGUGUACACAUGCAACCAUGAAGAGCAAGGGUGUGUGUGUGAAGAUGCAUGCAUGAGAGGUUGUACUACUACCUAGGUUUAGGGGCCGGUUGGCCGGCCAAGGUUUUAACAAAAGGUUGCUUCA